CCCACCUCCUGUAAGUGCUGUGUGAUGUAGGGGGAGGGAGAUGGCCAGUGAUGAUCACUGCCUGUGCCUGUCAAACUCAGCCCUUCUUCUAAGGAGCUGGAGGCCGCAGACCUAGGCAUGAUCAUACCUAUGUGCUUCUGGGGCAGGCAGCAAGAAGAACGUUUCUUGGACUCCUGUAGAUUCUGCCCUGGUUUUCUAAUACCAAAGUCCCCGGAUCUGGAGUAAAGAAGAUGCCUUCACAGGCAAGAACAACAGCUUGAGGGUGGAAACCCUUUGAAAACUUCACCUUGGAAACCCAACUCCAGGCAGUUAACUGGAGAAGCAGAGACAGCCCUAAGGGAGAGUCCAGCCCUUCCUAGCUGUGGCCUUGAGAAAAUGGCCUGGAUCUAUCAUGUCAGGCGUCUUUUCCUCAUCACUUUGGUCUUCCAGGUCAUCCACUUGGGAAAUGGUUUCAAUGAAAAAGAGAAACUCAAAGGCAGUGCAGAAGAACCCAUCAAUACUACAGCCCCCAAACAACAGCCCCCAAAUCAGAAUCCUACUUGGAACAGCACUAGAGAUCUAAACAGGAGUUCUGAGAGCCCCAAACAGUUCCAGUCCAGGCCAUUCAUCCCAUUUAUUGGAUUUAAAGAUGGUACCAAACUCUGCUGUCAAAAUGGAGGAACCUGUGUCCUGGGGAGUUUCUGUGUCUGCCCAAUGCAUUUUGUUGGGCGGCACUGUGAACAUGAUGAACGGAAAAGUAACUGUGGUGUCUUUGCCCAUGGAGAUUGGGUAUACAAGGGCUGCUACCUCUGUAGAUGUAUCUAUGGGAAGCUGCACUGUUUCAGAGACCCAACAUUAAACAACUGUGAUCUGAAUGAAGAAUUUGUCACGUUACAAUCUAAUGGAUCAAGAUUACAAUAUACAUUAUAUUUUCUCCUUCCUUUUUCUUGUUUUCUCCUGCAAUGGAUAGUUCUGCAGAAGUCUUCAUCUUUGGUUCCAUGGAGGUGAAUGGAAAGAGGUUUUUCAAGCCUGAGCACCUUUCUUUGACUUUGGGGUGGGAUUUACCUUUUUACCCUUUAUUUUUCUAACAAGGAGUAAGAAGCCCCAAGAGAAAAUACUUAAGUUUUGAUAUAUUGUUGUUUCAAGUGGAAAAGCUUAAAGCUUAUUGUAAAUGAUAAAUUAUUGCUUGAUUCAGAACAACAUUAAGAUGAUAAAUGAAUAGUUUUAUUAUUAUUUUUAAUAGAGCAUAAUGUAUUUGAAAAUGACCUCGCCUUUAAAACCUUAUGGUUAGAUUUGGGACAUACGAGUACAAAGGUUCAUGCAGAUGAAUUAAAAUAAAAACAGUCAAAUAGGACUACUAUCAAAACUCUUAAGAUGUAAAAAUAAUUGCCCCUAUUUCUUUUUUUUUGCAUUUUUUACUAAUAUUUUCCCAAUCACAUGUGAAAACAAUUUUAACAUUAAAAUAUAAAUCCCUCCCUGAGAUGAUAGGCAAUUUGACAUAAGUUUAUACACGUGUGAUCAUGUAAAAUAUUUCCAUAUUUGUGAUGUAGAAGAAGACACACAAAAAACCCCAAAGAAAAUAAAGUAAAAAAUGGUAUGUUUCAAUUUGCUUUCAGACUCCUCAAUUCUUCCUCUGGAGGUGGUUAGCAUUUUUUAUCACGAGUCUUUUGGGAUUUUCUUGGAUCGUUAUAUUGCUAGGAAUAGCUAAGACAUUUAAAGUUGAUCAGCGUACACCUUUGCUGUUCCAGUAUUAAAAGUUUUACGGGUUCUAAUUACUUCACUUUGUAUCAGUCCAUAGUUCCAGGCUUCCCAGGUUUUUCUGAAAUCCUGUUCCUGAUUUCAUAUAGCACUGUAUUCCAUUACAGUGAUACACCCCAACUUGCUCAGUCAUUCUCCAGCUGAUGGAUAUCACCUUGAUUUCCAAUGCUUUUGUCUUUCCAAAAAGAGCUAAAUAGUCCAUAUUUCUAAAACUUUAAAAUGCAAACAUUUUUGUGCAAUAAGAUGCUUUGAGGUAAGGAGUGGAAGUUCUGUUUGCAUUUUAGUAAAGAGGAAAAGCUUUGAGAGGUUUAAGAGACUUGUGUACACUCACAUAUGGUAUCUGAGAAAGGAUCUCAGCACCUCAAUUAAAGUCCAGUAAGUGACCUUUACCUUCCUGUGUAGUGGGAGAAAAACCAUACUGACCUUGAAGUUAAAGGACUUGUGCUCCUCACCCCACUCUGCAAUUUAACCUUGGAUUGUCAAGUCUGGAAGAUGAAGGCAAUACUCUUUGAAAGCCUAGAUUUGCAAUUUAAAAGUACCUUAGAUCUGUACCUUAGCUCUGAUCUAGGAGUUCUUAAAACUUCACUGUGUCUUGUGCCCCUUUGGCAGUUUCAUAAAUCAAUAAACCCCAUCCUAAGAAUAUUUUUCCUAAAUCUUAAUUGGAAGUAAAUGCUAAAUUUUCACCAUAGGAAGACGAAGAUGUAUUUUUUCCCCAUCCAACUUCAUAGACUUCCUUAAAAAAUCUAAAUAAAAGAGGUAAAGAACCCUUGAUCUAAUUCAAUCUCUUAAAAAUCAGGGAACAAAUCAAAAUUAUGUCCAAUAUGCAUCUUAAGCUCAAUAUGUCCAAAAUAGAACUGAAUUUCUUCCCCCCAAAACCUUCCCUACUUUCCUAUUAUUGUUGACCGCUAGGUAAUGCAGUGAAAAGAAUGUUGGGCUUAGAGUUGUGAUUAACUGCAUUCAAAUCCAAGCUCCAAUUGUCUUCAGUUUAUCUAAAAAGUGGGGAUGAUCAUACCCUCCUUCCUGGAAUGCUGCCCAUGUGGAGAGAAAGAACUGUGGGAAUAGAAAUACACAAGGAAAACAUGUGAUUUUUCCAUGUUUCUAUGGGUAUUAAAUAUGGGGUUUUGGUUUUUUAAGGAUUAUUACAAAAAUGAUUUUAAAUUAUUAAUAUGGAAAUAGGUAUUAAGUGAUAAUACAUGUAUAAGCCAGUGGGAUUACUUUGUUGGCUCUGGGAAGGGGGAGGAGAGAAAGUACCAACAUGAAUCAUGUAACCAUGGUAAAAUACUUAAAUAAAAAUUUUUUUAAAGAACUAAAAGAACUAAUAAUAUUCUCCUUCCUAUUAAGGUUGUUUUGAGGAUUCAUUGAGAUAAUAUUUGUGAAGUGUCUAGCACAAUGUAUGGAAGGCACUCUAAAAAUGUUAACUUAUUAAGAGUACCACCCAUCCUCCCAUUCACCCUAGCUCCUAGCCACUGUUUCAUCCCCAGCUCUCUGGGUCCAUAAAUGCAAAUCUUUUUAAUUCUUUAGCCUUCCUAACAUCUCUUCUAUGUAUUACCAAACCAUAAACUUUUCCCAAGACAUGGUCUAUGUAACAACUCUUACUCAAUAAAUCUAGAAUGAACCCCUAUUAACCACCAGGAUCCAAUCUGAAAGGUCCUCCAUUUAGCACUUAGAGCUCUUUCUGACCGAAUCCAUCCUUUUCUAGUCUUAUCAUUUAUUUCCUUUCCAACUCCAUAAUUUAGCCAAAGCAUUGCCCAUGACACUCAAUCUCUCACCUACAUGCCUUUGCACUAGCUGUCCCCCAGUCCUAGAAUACCUUCCCAUCUCACUUUUCACCUCAGUUUCCCCGGUCCCUUCAAGAUUCAGCUCAAAUCCCACAUUCUACAGAAAGCCUUUCCUGGGUCAGUUCUCCCCUUCCCAAAACUGCCUGUACCAUUCCUUUGUAAUUGUACCUUCCAUCCUUUACUUGUAUGUACAUAGUUGUUGAUGUAUUGUCUCCCUCCUUAGGAUGUGAGUUCUUCCAGGUGAGACAUCUUGUUUUUGUCUUUCUCUGUACUACCAGUGCUUAGUAAUGGUUAAUUGACCUUUUUUUCUGAUUGAGGGAA